GAAAAAAAUCGCACCCACUGCUUUCUCAGACGAUACCGUAAUGCAGAUGGAAGAAAUAGUACCUGUCAGACGAGAAGUGUUUAUUCCAAAAUUACAUUCUAUCAUCGAAAAAGCCGUUUCAUUUGACUAGAAUGGCCAUUAAAAAUGUUUCGGCACCGCACUAAAGGAAUGUAUUGCAGCCUGAUGCGUUAAUUUAAAGGAAGUGUCAAUUUUCGAUCAUUAAUAUCCAGAAGGCGGAAAAGUUCUUGAAACCUGCACGUUUGUGCUUUUGCCACUGAACAAAGAAAACAAGUUGUGGAAUUUUUUUUUAAAGUACUCAUAGAAGACUUGAGAAAAAAGAAUAUAAUAAAUAUUAUUUGCAGAAAAAUAUUUUUCGUAGCAGUUAUUACAAACAUAGCCAGAAAAAACAAUUUGUUUUCAGAAGAGAGGAAAAUUUACUUUAUUUUCUCGCAGAAAAAACAGCAAAAGACAUCUAUUUUUGUGCUUGUGUUUUACUGGAUUUUAAAUUUCUUUUGAGAAAGUUUCUUCUUAUGCUGUUAAGGAAUGACAAGAAAUGAAAUAUGUUUAAUCGAAAUCGUCUGAUUUCAUUUUGGAAAAUAUUAAUCAUUUUGUGAAGUACACUGCAGUUUCCCUGCAGUUCAAAAACAUGUACUUGGAAAAUUAUUCAAUUUUUCUGCAGGCAUUUUAAAUAUUGUUGAUUUAAAAAGGAAAUCAAAAAUAUGAUCUAUUUUUUGUUUUGAAGAAUCCUUGAUUUUGUUGGCUGAUAAAAUAAAAACUAAGUUUCAAUAUCUUAACUUUGCUUGGUGAUCUAUCUGUUUCAAGUAACAGACGAUUUGAUAAAUGUAACUUGAACAUCUGAAUUGUGUUAAAAAUUAUUGAAUUCGAGUGCGUGAAAUGAAAGAAAAGAAAAUACGAGCUUUUCUUGAACUGUAGAACAGAAUUUUAAAGUUUAUUAAGGUUCCUUUGAGCAAGAUCAUUUUUUGCAGAAAUUAAUGUGUGAACGAUAGAAUGAAAUAAACUAAAAAAUCAUUUCCAAAUCUUAAAUUUAUGAUCUUUGAGUUAACCAAGACAACUUUCGAGAUUAAUUUCGUAAUCACAUACUGAUCUAGUAUAAUUAUGGAGCAGAAAAAGUUGGAAAAAAUACCAUCUCAACCAGAUUUUCACGCCGCUCGAGUGAGCGCUGCUGCUCUUGAAAGGAAACACAGUAGUGGCGAUCUCCAAAGCCGAUUAAAGACUAGAAAAAUUUUGGGAGUUGGAGAAACAGAUAAUGGUGAUGUUCAUCGAUCAAAGAUUAGUCAAGUUCUUGGGCACAAUGAGCACUUAUAUGUAAAGUUUCCACGAUGUUACUGGCUGUGGCAUCUCAGCAUGGCUGUAUAUUUUACCGCAACUGGGUUAACAAAUGUUUUUACUUCUAUUGCCAAACCAGAUAGUUCCUCACAAAACGAAAACGUGGUGAAUUCCCUACAAAUGAUGACUACUUUUUACGGAUCAGUAUUAUUAGGUUUCGCUUUUCUUCUGUGGAGCUUCUUUGGAACAACAGAUAAAUCUUUAGCAAGAGGUCUCAUGUCAGCAAUAGUCGUGACAGAGCUCGCUCAGCUUUGUGCUAUUUUGAGUUUCACUUACCAAAGCAAUAAAUGGGACCCGGUCCAGUCUGAGAUAUUGAUGCGAUUGUUCCUACUUCUCGGAAGUGGGUAUUUCUUCUGGGGCAUCGGGUCCAGCAGAGCGGGGCUCAGGAAAUCUCUCUCCAACAAAGAUCUCCGAGAGCGACAGCCCACGCCAGAAGAUCAGCAUCACAGUCCUUCGAGUCCACUGUCGAAGAAGAUGGAGUGAUUUGUGCACGCCAACCUCGAAACAGACAAGUGAUGGGCAUAAUCGAGAGAUUUGCAUACGGUCAUUCUCAUAAAAAUGGUACUACAAAUCAUGUUCUAUACUUUUGGUUGUUUUUUAAAUCUUUUUAAGUCUACCGCCAAUUCACAUUUCUUUUUUAUUGAUUAUCCAUUUAUGUGUAUAUAGCCAAGUAUCAAUGGUUAGAACAUAAGUGAAUCGAUUAUUUCAGAAAAGGCGUCCUACAGGAAUCCAUUGGACUUAUGCCCUUUAUGAAAUAAUCGAUUCAAAUAUGUAUGAUUUUUGAAGAUUUUAAAAUAUUUUAACCAUUUUGUAGCAUAUGGAGCAUAGCAGAGGACAACUAAGACUUUUUUAAAAAAGUGUUCUAAUCAUGAAGAAAAGUUGCUGUUACAGAACAAAGAGAAAAUAAAACAAUGAUUAUGUAACUGGCAUUCUGUUUGCAACUUCUAGGAAAAAGAUUGUUUAGUUCAUAAAAACAGACGUAACAUAGUGGACAUUCAACAACUCAAAUUACCCAUUGUUAACUUUUAAAGAAAGAAAAAAGAAAAAUUAUUACCUAGUUUAUUCAAAAUAGAAAACCAAGCACAAAAGUUAUUUAGCUUAUUCAUCAGAUUCAAAUUAAUGUAUAAUGGUUUAUUUUCCUUUCGAAAUGGCUGCAACAGAGUGGACAGUAUGAACCACAUAAAAUAUUGGGACACAAAUAAAAUACAAUAUUUUAUAGGAAAACUUGUUUUUCUAGUUGUAUUGUUAAUGUAAUUAUGUGUGAUAUUGUUGCAUAUUAGUACGAUCUUAAAUCACAUUUUAACUUCUAAUGAUUUGAAGCUAGGACAGCUGAUGUUAUCCUUGUUAAAAACCAAAAUACGUAUGUUUAAACACUUCAUGAAUUGUUUAUGAAACCAUUGAUAUUUGAUUAUACACAAAUACAGAAUGAAUUUUUAAAGAUAUGAUUACUUGGUGGUAAUUAUUAAAAUUGAUUUUUAAAAUGUUCAAAAGCUUAGGCCAUGAUUUGUAAUAUUUCAAGAGAAUGACUCGUGUUCUAAUGAUUAGAAAGAGUAUCAAAGUCAUUUAUUCUAUUGAUCAAAAUUUUAACUUUCAAGUGAUUCUUUCGAAGGAUUUCAUAGUCAAAUGACAUUAUCGAGCGAUUUUGUUUUCAAUGAAUUUAAUAAUCCGCAAAGAAAUUACUAGAUAACCAAUCAUUUGAAAGAGUCACUUAAUAACUGAAUCGCAAUCAUUCCAUAGUAAAACUAUUAGAAAGACUCAAUCAACCAUUAAAACAUUUGAAAGAUUCACUCAAAAACCAAUUUUUCACUAAUACAAUCAUUUCUACAAAUCAAGAACCGUUCAUUUGAAAUCGAAACCGUCUAACUGAAUCAUACUAUAAUUAAAUGAGUCUGUUAUGGUCAGUCGAUUGUGUCCAUCACUAAAAAUACUGCAAUUUUUUAGAGCACCAGGAUGACUCAGGAUUUUUGCAAGAUGGUGCAUAGUUUCAAAGAAUGUUGCAUGAAAUAAAUAACUUGUUUGGAAAUGAUUUGAUUAGUCAAUGUCGUUAACUUAUAAUUCAAUUGAUGGGCAUGUCUAAUUUUUAAUUUUUGUUUUACAAUGAUUUCUUCACUUUUCUUUGCAGAUUAUUUUUUACUCAAAAGGAACUUUUUUUUUUAACGUACUUAUUUUAAUGACUUAUUUUGUUUUAAAAUGAAACAAUUUUAAAUUUCUGAAAUAUUGUUUUGGACAACGUUUUGACAAGCAGAUAAGUGCUUUGUUUUGGCGACAAAUUUUGAAACCACGUCAAGAGUUCCAAGUUAUGAUAAUUCCCCAUUGAGUUCUACUGUAUUUUGUACAGUAUAUUUUCAACAAAAAAACUUACUUUUGAGCUAGCUUAGAUACAUCCAAGGUCACAUACAUUAAAUAUUUUCAACACCAAUAUAUAUAUCUCAUUAUAUCCAGGCAGUAAUGUCUCAUAAAUGUUUUAAAACGGUUGUCACAAUGUUAACAACCAUUUUAAAACAUUGGUUAUCGUUGUGACUACCAUUUUAAAACAUUUAUGAAACAAAGUGUGCUACCUGAGCAGUUGUUUUUGUUCGUUUCAAAAGCUUCGAUUGCUCAUCAUUCACUGUACAAUAAAUUCAUGCAAUUUUAAUGUAUUUGCUUUAAAAUAUUUAACAGCCAUGUUUAAUGAAUGUUUGCAAUCAAUGUGAUAUUACAAUAGUUAAUUGCAACUCAACUAAGUGCUUGUAUAUUGCUUGUUGUUUGUUAUCUUUUACAUAGUUUGAUUUAGAAAAAAAUAUAGGUAAUGUGAAAAUAAAAGAAGUAAAAAAUA